AUCAGUUUCACCGCUGGGUCAGCCAUGGCCGCCACAUCCAUCAAGGUCGCGCACCUCACAACCCUCGCGCUCUUCUCUCCGACUCCAAACCCCUUCGGUCCGAAGUCCAGCAAACACAGAGCUAGAGCCCCACCACCCAUCUCCAUCUCCAUGGAUCCGGCCCUCGUGGACCCUGCCCACCUGCAGGCCCUUAUGCUCGCCUGCGGCCACUCUUGCACGCUCCGCCUCUCGCCGGCGCUAUCAGUUUCCGCCGUUGAGCCGGUCGACCUCAGCAAGCUCCGGACUGCCCUUGCGCACAGCUUCGUCGUCGUAUCUGUCUUCUGCGGUGCUAGGUUCUUCACACAUGACAGGGAAAGGGAGGGGGAGGGACAGAGAUUCUUGGGCUUGGAGAUCGGUCUCGAUCUUCAGGGUGAGCGGCGCCUUGUCGGAUUCGGGCGCGCCGUCUCCGACCUCGGGCUCACCGCAUCCGUCCAUGACAUUGUGGUACAUCCAUUACUACAGAGGAGAGGAAUUGGCCAAAAGAUAGUGAACAAAAUUACAAGGGUACUUCAUAGCAGAGGUAUAUAUGACAUCUCUGCGUUAUGUACAGCAAAGGAGAGGCCCUUUUUUGAAGCUUGUGGAUUUGGUGAUGAUAUGAUGGGUUCAACAACAAUGUUGUAUACUAGAAAAACACAGAAAUAGAGUUCAUUAAAAAGUUCUCAAUUGGUAUAAUGUUAUUUGUUGAUAUGAUAACUCAUCUGUUGGUCUUCACUGCUGAUGUUUCAAAGCAUUACUCUCAGAAAAGGUUGAUCUUCACAGCUGAUGUUUGAAAUCAUUUUACUCAGAAAAAG